CACCUCCAACCCUGUGGCUGCUGUGCCAUCUCUCUCUCUCUCUCUGUCUCUCUCUGUUUCUUGGGUGGUAGUGUGUGUGGUGUGUGGGAGAGAAAGCAAGGAUCUUUAAGAAUGGGAAGAUCGCCUUGUUGCUCAAAGGUGGGGUUGAGGAGGGGGCCUUGGUCGACCAAAGAAGACACCUUGCUCAGCAAUUACAUUCAGCAACAUGGUGAAGGCCAAUGGAGAUCUCUCCCAAAGAAAGCUGGGCUGCUGAGAUGUGGGAAGAGUUGCAGACUGAGGUGGAUGAAUUAUCUCAGGCCGGGGAUUAAGAGAGGGAACAUCAGUGAGGAUGAGGAGGAUUUGAUCGUACGGCUGCACGGGCUUCUUGGGAAUCGCUGGUCCUUGAUUGCGGGCAGAUUGCCAGGUCGAACGGACAAUGAGAUCAAGAACUACUGGAACACACACCUUCUCAAGAAACUCAAGAGCGCCGGAAUCAACCCCAAACCUCACAAAGAUUUGCCGAAGCCACCCAAGGUCAAGAAAUCGGAAGGAGGCGCCGCCGGGAAGAAGCAGAGGAAGCAGAAGAAGGCUGUUGUGGCCGCCGACAAUGAGAAGAUCAGCAACCAAGACGGAAGCAAGUUGGGUGGUGGUGGUGGCGGGGAGGAGCCGCCGGCGAGUAAGAGCUCCGAGGAACAAGUCAAUAAUCCUCCCAAGACUAAAGUCUAUUUGCCGAAACCCAUAAGAGUUUCCUCAGUAUUCUCAAGGACCAGCAGCUACGACAGCCUGGCCAGUGGAACGUCGAGCAGCGACGGCGGAGAAGCGGCGGAGAAGGCGGUUGAGGUGGUGUCGUACGUGCCGGUUGAGUGGCCGCCGCUGUUUGAGCUGGAGGACACGAACUACGGGGUGUGCGGCGGCGGAGAGGAGGAUGAUUUUCUGGGUGGCGGGUAUAUUCUGCCGGUGCUCCACCAAUCGGACUCGAUAUCCAGUGAUGUAAAUAUGUUGGAGAAAGUGUACGAUGAGUAUCUGCAGCUUCUCUAGACCUCCAAAAUGAAAAAAAAGUAAGAAAUGGAAAAAUAUAAAUAAAUAAAAAAACGUUGUGAGUA